CCGCCCCCUUACGUGUGACGUCAUUGACGUAGAACGGGACUGUUUGUUCUGGAUUUGGGGCGAGGAAGGGCUGCGAUUGCUGACAAGCGCCUGAAGAAGGUGUGACACUCGGCUCUCCGUGUUUUGUGGUUUCAUGCCCCCACGGCGUGUCACUGAGGACCAUUUCAUGUGACAGGAAACUGCUGCCCUACCAACUGAGAUGACCACAGUGGAGUAUUAGACCAUCGCUGCACAGCAUCAAACAUAGAGUUGCGUGGGGAGUGUAAUGGCCUGAGGGGGGCCCCUUCACUCCCACCUGCCCUUGCCAGGUCCAGUCUGCCUAAACUGUCUGCUCAGCCACUGCAACUCAAAGCUGCGAUGGGGGACGGACUGCAGGCAGGCAGCAGCCAGAACCCACCUUCUGCCCCACCCCCUAUUCCCUUCAACCCCCCACCCCCUGAAACAUGGAACCUUACCAGAGCCAAACGUCAGACCAACCAGCUGCAGUAUCUGCAUAAAGUGGUGUUGAAGACAUUAUGGAAACAUCAUUUUGCAUGGCCCUUCCAAGCACCCGUAGAUGCAGUUAAACUUGGUUUGCCUGACUAUUAUAAGAUCAUCAAGACUCCUAUGGACAUGGGGACGAUAAAAAAACGCCUCGAGAACAAUUACUACUGGAAUGCCCAGGAAUGUAUCCAGGACUUCAACACAAUGUUCACAAACUGCUACAUCUAUAACAAGCCUGGGGAUGAUAUUGUCCUGAUGGCAGAGGCCUUGGAAAAGCUCUUUUUGCAGAAGAUCACAGAGAUGCCACAAGAGGAGACAGAGAUUUCUGUUUUGACCAAAGGGCGGCGAGGUGUCAGACGAGAGCUGGGUCUAUCAACAAAAUCAGAUUCAGGCCAUGAGUCAUCCUCCCCAUCAACCACCCCGAACACCAGAGGCUUUUCAUCCCCAUCAACCACUCCACAAAACCGUGGUGCUCCAGCGCCAUUGCAGUCGCAGCCUAUGUCGCAGCCAAUGUCCCAGUCUCUGUCGCAGACUCUAUCACAACCUAUGUUGCAGUCUUUAUCACAACCCAUGUUGCAGCCCAUGUCCCAGCCUAUGUUGCAGACUUUGUCCCAUCCGCUGUCGCAGCCGCUAUCGCAACCCCUUCCACAGCCACUAUCCCAGCCUCUCUUCCAGCCCAUUUCACAGUCAUUGUCGCAGCCGCUAUCGCAGCACAUGUCACAGCCAAUGCUGCAGCCAAUGUUGCAACCCAUGCCACAACCCAUGCAACAACUGCCCCAGCCUCCACGCGUUCCUCCCACACCCCCCAACCACGCUCCCCAUCUGGUCCCCUCGUUCCCCCUCUCAACCCCAGAUCUCCUGGGUCAAGGUUUGGCAACUGUUGCUCCUCCAACUGUAACACACCCAGGCCUUCAUCCUGCCCCCAUGAUGCCUAGCACCCCAGCUCUCAUAAAGCAGAGAAAGAGCCAGAAAAGAAAAGCCGACACCACCACACCCACGGCCAACGACCAGCUCAGUGAGUCCCCCCCUGUAUCCGAUGCUACUCGGCCCCGCAGAGAGGCUGUUCGGCCGCUCAAGCAACCCAAAAGAGACACCUUACAGCCAGACUCCCAGCAUCACCUGGGAGGGGGUUUGGAGACGGGAGGGACGGUGACGUCAAAGCGUCAGGAACAGCUGCGCUUCUGCGCACGCCUCCUUAAAGAAAUGUUGUCUAAGAAGCAUGUGGCGUAUGCCUGGCCUUUCUACAAGCCCGUCGACGCUAAAGCUCUUGGCCUACAUGACUAUCAUGACAUCAUCAAGCACCCCAUGGAUCUCAGCACCAUCAAGAAAAAAUUGGACAAUAGGCAGUACAGAGAUGCACAGGAAUUUGCAGCAGACGUCAGGUUGAUGUUUUCCAACUGUUACAAGUACAAUCCUCCAGACCAUGACGUGGUUUCCAUGGCACGCAAAUUACAGGAUGUGUUUGAGAUGCGUUUUGCCAAAAUGCCUGAUGACCCUGAAGAAUCCACCCCUGUUCCUGCUCCAUCGCUGCCCCUCCACCCUGCACCUUCCAUUCGACAGGCUCCGCCUCCUGUUGUCUCCGAAGAUGACAGCUCCAGUUCCUCGGAUUCAGAGUCCUCAGGAGGCGACUCCGAGCAAGACAGGCAACAACGACUGGCUGAGCUACAGGAACAGGUCAGACAAGGAGCAACCAUGAAGGGCUCAGCAGUAGAGAUGGCCAUCGCUACCAAACUCAAGGCUGUGCACGAGCAGCUGGCAGCACUUUCUCAACCACAGGCCAGCAAACCCAAGAAGAAAGAGAGGGACAAAAAAGAGAAAAAGAAAGAAAAGCAUAAAAAGAAAGCAGGAGUGGAGGAACCUGUAGAGACGCAACUCACCAUGCUCCAGAAUUUAAAGAAGAACAAGAGUAACAAGGAGGCUGUGGUGGUGAAGAAAGAAAGGAAAAAGCCCGGGAAGAAAGAAGGAAUUAAAAAUAGUCGCCCAGCUGUCCCCCCUCCGUCAGGCCCAGUCCCUCUGGUUCCUUCUGCUUCCCUGGAAGCAGAGGAUAACCUUGAUGCAUUUGUUGGCGUGCCUGCUGAUAGAUGCAAACCGAUGUCCUACGAGGAGAAGCGCCAGCUGAGCCUGGACAUCAACAAAUUGCCUGGUGAUAAACUAGGUCGAGUCGUGCACAUAAUCCAGACUCGAGAGCCUUCUCUGAAAAACUCGAACCCUGACGAGAUCGAGAUCGACUUUGAAACGCUCAAACCCUCAACUCUGAGAGAGCUGGAGAAGUAUGUGUCCAGCUGCCUCAAGAAGAAGAAGAAAGCUUCAGGUACGCCUCCUCUUAUCUUGGAGAAGUCUCUGGAAAUGACGAAGAUGAAGACGGGAUCCUCAUCUUCUGGCAGCAGUGACUCGUCUGACAGUGAAGACUCUGAUAAUGGGCUGGUUCCCAAGCCGCAGAAAACCCAGCUGACCAACAAGGACACAAAGGGACCGCUCCAGCAACCCCUCAGCAGCGGGAUAGUACCGGGCGCCUCUGCUCCUCAGCCGCAGCCUCAAUUAUUCCAGCCUAAACCGCCGUUUGCUCCGCCUCUUCCUGUCCCCGUUUCCGUGCCCUCUCUGGACUCGUCCCAGCUAAUGACUCCGGGGUUUGAUCCUCUUCCUCACUUCAUGAAUUCUCACCUGACUCAGUCCAACACAGAGGCUAGUUCAGCCGUCUCCACCGCCAGCGCCCCUGCCGCUCCCGACCUUCUCAGUGCAACCAGACCCAGCCAGAUGGCGUCUGAGACACACCCCUUCCUAAACCAACAUCCGAUCAUAGCCUCCCCAGCAGUUCAUAAUGCUCUUCCCCAGCAACCAUCCAGACCCAGCAACCGCGCUGCUCCACUUGCACGCAAACCCCCACAGCCGCCUCCACCCUCUCUGCCCUCCAUCCCUCCAUCUUCCUCACCACAGCUUCAGCCUGCACUUCCUCUCAACCUGCCCCAACCUGUCCCCCGACCACGGCUCCCUUCACCGCCGUCUCAUGGCAUCCUGGGUACUUUAUCGGCGCAGCCUCCCCAAGCCCUGCUAGAGGACGACGAGGAGCCAACACCUACAAACCCGGAAACCCCGCCACUCAGUCAAGUCCAUACCCUCCUGCAGUCGCUUCAGGCUAGGCCCGCCCCGCAGCCGCUGCCGCUGCCGCUACCACUGCCACAGCCGCUGCCGCAGCCGCUGCCGCAGCCACUGCCGCUGCCUCAACAUUCGCCCAUGCAGGUCGCUCCCCCGCUGGUUUCGGCACUGAACACGGUCAUGUCCUCCAGCGCUCCCACCCUGCCGCAGAGACACAGCUCCGGGUUCAUGCCGCAGUCGUUCCAGCAUGCGCACACGCAGUCACAGCAGCAGAAGGGGGCGCUGCUGCAGCAGAAGGUGCAGCAGCUGCAGCAGCAUCAACAACAGCCAUCACCACAGAACAAACCAGAGCUUUUCUCCACAGGCUGUCUGCAAGACAGUCCGCCUCCUAUGAUGAUGCAUUCUCCUCAGAUGCCUCAGUUCAAUACAAUAAGGCAACAGUCGCCUCCACAGAGCAAGAAGCAUGAGCAGAGGUCCAACCUGGUGGGAGUAAAGGAGGAAAAGCCCUCCCUCUCUCCUGUUCUGCCUCCUUCUCCCUUCAGUCCAGCAGUUCGCCAGGAUGCACACAAACCAGAGAGCAAACCCAGGUCAGAGACAAAGUCAACAGAGGAUUCUCGCCCUGUUCCCCGCCUCCCGGUCUCUCCGGCUAUGCCUUGUUCCCAGGACAGCAAAAUCAAGCAAGAACCCAAAACUCCAAUCGCACCCAAAAAGACACAGGAUGUGAAGUUAAAGAACAUGGGCUCCUGGGCCAGCCUGGCACAGAGCCAGUCCACGCCGGCGUCUCAGGUGCGUUCCUCCAGUGGCAGUUUUGAGCAUUUCAAACGGGCUGCCAGAGAAAAGGAGCGUGAAAGACAGCUGAAAGCACAGGCGGAGCAAGCCAGACGAGAGCAGGAAAAACUACGUAGUCGGGACGACGACGACACUGUGGAACAGUCGCGUCGAGUGCAAGGAGAGACCCGCCGUAGUCAGGAGCAACAGUCGCCACUUGCACCUACACCCCAAGCUUCAACUCCGCCCACUCAUUCACCACAAGCCCCGCCUGCACCACAACAAGCCCCUCCCCCACCAACCUCGGCUGCACAGAAUGCUCUCGACCAGCAGAGGGAGAUGGCUCGCCGGCGUGAGCAGGAGAGGCGUAGACGAGAGGCGAUGGCUGACACCAUUGACAUAAACUUUCAGAGUGACCUGAUGGCAAUUUUUGAAGAAAAUCUCUUCUGAGAAAGACGUGCGGACACCCUGUCAUCGCACAUAAACAGCUGACAAUAAGAAUAGAAAAGUGAGAUGACACACACGGUUGCUGCUCAGCACCCUAACCCACAUCACACAGACUUUAUAGUGACUCUCCCUUUCUUUCAGUAGUUGAGACAGCUGGCUUGUGUCCUGUGAAUAGAAGGGGUUGAAAGCGGUUCAAUAGAAUGAGCGGCUCCAUCAAGGAAGCCGCUGGUGAUGAUGCUUAAACAAAAGCUUCAGUUAAUUUAAAAAAAAAGUUCAACAAAAACGUUUCCCUGGCGUGUGAUACUAAGAGGCUUUUUUUUUUUCUAAAAGAAACCGGUGGACGAAAAAAUAAUCAGCUCUUACAUGUUCCUCUCACUAAACCUCGUCUCUAUCAUUUAGUGUUUGGUUUCCCUGGGAUGCUAGGGCGGAGGGGGUCAGGCCUCGGCCAUCUUCUGAGAUGUUAUUGUUUUUCUCAGGACACAGCGGGGAGAGAAAGACCCGGACCACUUAGACCCGUUUCUAAGACGUCCUUCCUUUUCACUUCCUUGAACUUCUCCCUGCAGCUUGAACGGCAGGGGCCUUGCUAUACAUUCAAGUCACAAAGGAGUCGCUCUCCAACCGUUUCAGAGUCUGUCCUUUGCCUUAGUGCUCUGGCCUGUAAACUAAUGACCCCGCCCUUCAAAUUAUACAUACUAUAUAUAAAUAGAUACAUGAAUAUAUAAAUAUAUAUUAUAUACAAUAAGGCUGCGAAAAAGAUAUUAAGAAAUUCUGAUUGUGGGGAGCAAAGCUCGUCUUUGUGUUCAUCUUUGAGCGCUGGUUUGAUUUUGUAGAGUUUACUGUAAAGAAGAGGAAAAACUUUUUUAAUGAUUCUAUUGAGAGGAUUGUUUUGUCUGUGUUGUGCUUUCACACUUCCCCUCCUUUUUUUUCUCCUAUCCAUGCCAAAAACCAAUCUAUUCAGUGCUGAAUGUUCCCUCACACUCGUUUUUUUAAUUUUUUAACAUAUAAAGUGUUUUCUUCUCACUUGAUAAAAAAGCCUGUUUUAUUGCUAUUUAAUUUUCCUUUAUCCCCCUUUUAAAUCGGAAGUUAUGCAACAGUUUGUGAAGGUGAUGAAGCGGUUUCAAGGCAGUUAUGACUACUAGGUCUCCAUUUCUUUUAGUGCAUCCAAUUGAUUCACUUCCUACAAUAAUUCUAUUUCAUGUACAUGUUUUUUUUGUUUGUUUUUUUGUUUUCAGCCUAUCCUGUCCUCUGCCGUCAUCUCCACAACAAUCCGUAUGAAAUGCUUUUAUUCAGAUGAAGCCCUUGUCGUCUUCAUCCUCCAUGUUAACAGUUUGGGUCACUUGUAUACUAUUGUGUUCUUAUGGAAGUGAAAGCCCCCCCUCCUUAGUUUAUGAAGGGGGUGGGUAAGAACCAAGCGUGUUUUCAAUUCUAUAAUCACUUUUUUUUUUUUUUUAAAUCUCUUCUUUUUACAAGUUCGUUUUGAACAUUUCUUCUCUCUACCUUUUACUGUUUUCUUUUGAUUUUAUUAUACUCAGAACAAUGUGUUUGUAUGUUGAUGAGUGAGGCAUUGAGGUCAGCAGGUUCAUCUUCAGAUAAUGGAGCAUCCUUUUUUAAGAAAAGUAUUAAAAUUAUGAAAAAAAAA